AAGGAGAGACAUAUCUCGGAAGCGAAUUAUUGCUAUAGGAUUCUGAAUUAAUUUGAAAUAUUCAAUAUGAGUGAAGGUAUGGUAGAUUCAGAGAUCCCACUAGAGGCUGGUGGAGAGACAGCCCCCAUAGAAGAGGGAUUGUUCUCGACACUAGAUUUCUUCAUUUUGUCAGCAUUGGCUGGUGUCUGUAUAUACUACUUCUUCUUCAAGAACAAGAAACAAGAAGAACCAACAUUUAAGAAGCUAACGGUACAGCCAAUGCAGGACCAAGCUAGUAAUGCUGGAUUCAUAGAGAAGAUGAAAGCCUCAGGAAGGAAUGUGAUUGUGUUUUAUGGAUCGCAGACAGGAACAGCAGAGGAAUUUGCUGGACGUUUGGCUAAAGAUGCCACAUGUUAUGGGAUGAAGGGAAUGGUUGCAGAUCCUGAAGAGUGUGAAAUGGAGGAUCUUGUUAAAUUGAAAGAAAUUGACAAUGCGCUGGCUAUAUUCUGCAUGGCAACUUAUGGAGAAGGCGACCCCACAGAUAAUGCUCAAGAAUUUUAUGAUUGGCUACAAAGUACAGACUCUGAGCUAAAUGGAGUAAAAUUUGCUGUUUUUGGUUUAGGAAAUAAAACCUAUGAACACUUCAAUGCUAUGGGGAUUUUCAUGGACAAGAAACUAGAAGAGCUUGGAGCAGAGAGAAUAUUUGAACUUGGAUGUGGAGACGAUGAUGGAAACAUUGAAGAAGAUUUUGUUACAUGGAAAGAAAAAUUCUGGCCCGCUGUUUGUGAACACUUUGGAGUUGAAGCAACAGGAGACCAAUUCAAUAUACGUCAAUACAGUCUCUCCACACACGAUGACUUACCAAAUGAGAAAACAUACAAAGGAGAGAUAGCAAGACUUGGAUCAUUCAGAAACCAGAAACCGCCAUACGAUGCCAAAAACCCAUACCUAGCACCCGUUAUUGUGAACCGGGAGCUGCACAAGGGUGGAGACCGAUCCUGCAUGCAUAUUCAAUUUGAUAUCAGCGGCUCAAAAAUCAGGUACGAAGCAGGUGAUCAUGUAGCUGUAUAUCCCGUUAAUAACCAGGAUAUUGUAAAUGCGAUUGGAAAACGUCUUAAUGCAGACCUGGACCAGGUUUUCACCCUUACCAAUGUUGAUGAGGAAGCUAGUAAGAAGCACCCUUUCCCCUGUCCAACCACAUACCGGAUCGCUCUGUCCCACUACGUAGAUAUUACAAGUAUGCCACGUACCCACAUCCUUCGUGAACUAGCAGAAUACGGUAAUGAAAAGGACAAAGAAUUCCUUGUGAAAAUGACAUCUUCAUCACCAGAAUCUAAGGCAUUGUACAGUGAAUGGAUUAUCAAGGAUCAUCGAAACAUUUUGGCAGUCCUUGAGAGCUUACCAUCUCUAAUGCCACCUGUGGACCACUUACUGGAAUUGUUGCCAAGGUUACAGGCCAGGUAUUACUCCAUUUCAUCAUCACCAAAGGUUUAUCCAACAUGUAUCCAUAUCACAGCUGUUCUUGUCAAAUACACAACUCGCACAGGGCGUGAUGUUGAGGGUGUCGCCACAAACUGGCUUGCACUCAAACAACCUAACAAUGGUACCCAGUCACUGGUACCAAUCUAUGUCCGGAAAUCCCAGUUCAGGCUUCCAUUCAAGACAAACACACCCGUGAUCAUGAUUGGGCCAGGAACAGGUCUUGCACCUUUCAUGGGAUUUAUACAGGAGAGACAGCAUGUACGCAAAGAUGGAAAGAAAGUGGGUGACACAGUGUUGUAUUUUGGCUGUCGUCAUAAGACAGAAGACUUUCUCUAUGAGGAGGAGUUAACAGAAUUUCAGAAUGAUGGCACACUUUCAAAAAUGCAUGUGGCAUUCUCUCGUGAUGGGCCAAACAAGGUAUAUGUGCAGCACCUACUGGGUAAUAACAAAGAGGAAGUAUGGAAGAUGCUUGAUGCUGGAGGCCAUAUAUAUGUUUGUGGUGAUGCAAGGAACAUGGCACGUGAUGUCCAUGAAACACUAAUCAGAGUCCUGGUGGAAUGUGGAGGCAUGGAGCAGCAGGCUGCCUUAGACUACAUCAAGAAAAUGCAAUCUAAGGGACGCUACUCUUGCGAUGUGUGGAGUUGAUCUUAUUCUUAGUGUAGAAUAGUGAAGGUUUUCA